AGACACUGAAAUGGAUUUGGAGGAGCUCAGUCACAGCGUUUUUCUCUCACCUGUGAUCUUUCACUUUACCCUCGUCGUCGUUUUGCUGCUUUUCACACCUGUAACCGGUGAGCUGGAGGUGAUUGGUCCACCUCAACCAAUCGUGGCCGCUCCAGGUGAUGAUGUCAUCCUGCCGUGUCACGUGGAGCCUCCUUUUAACGUGGCGGGAUUGACAGUGGAGUGGUCGCGUCCCGACCGCCAGCCGGACCCCAAUGACCGCCUGAGCCGGGUCGAGUACGUGCAUCUCUACCGGGACAGGCAGGAGGUCCCGGACAUGAAGAUCUCCUCGUACGUCCACAGGACGGCGCUGUUCGCAGGCGGCCUGAGUCACGGAAACAUAUCGCUCCACAUCGCUAACGUGACGCUCGCAGACGGCGGGAGAUUCAAAUGUUUCAUCCCGAAGUUACAGAGCCAAACGCGGUACUCCAUCGUUCAUCUUGUCGUUGAGCCAACGUCAUUUAGGACAACAGAGACACCACUGCAGCCUGUAAGUCCAGAUCUGGAGGACGAGGACUUCACAGGUGGGCUGAACAGACUGAUCCCCGUCGUGUUUUUCUGCAUCUUGCUGGUGAUCGCUAUUGUGGGAAUCACAGGAUAUUUGAUUUGGAGGUGUCGAAAAAAGGAACAUAGGAAAGUACCCGUGGUGUAGGUGCUUUCCUCAGGAUUACGUUGGUCCACAGAGAUGAGAGAACUUCGCACGUAUCUCUGGAUCUUUUCAAUCUUCUUCUUUAUAAAAUGAAGGAAACAGACUCCAGAAAAUCCUGUAGGUUUGUCUGAUUUGGACAUGAAUUUGCACUGAAGCCCUUUUUAGGAUCAGCAGGUUAAACGAGGACACUGUUGCAUUUACAUGAAUUUGAAUUUUAUUUCUAUGUAGCUUUGCAUGUGACUUUCAGUUGGAGACACAGGAUUAUUAUAUCACAUAACUUUGCAUUGCAAAAACUGCACGCCUACUAAUCUGUUGUAGGCGUGCAGGCUCUGUUGUUUCUGCCACUGAGUUGAAACAACCCAGCGACAGAGGAAAUGUUUGUACAUUGUGCAUUUCAUAUGCAGCAGAAGUGUUGAAACGUCUUUUUUCUUACAUUUCAAGAACACUGUUUGACGCAUGGUUAUGUAUUGGCACAAAAAUAAGUUUUGGCUCAAAAUAAGAGGUUUUGAUGCCACAAUCGCAGCUGAAAAUGUCCAAAUGACUCCCUGAAAAACACGUUUUGGUGCCACUGGUAAUGUUAAAAAUCACCCAGUUUUUGUGCCACAGCUGGACAUGCCCCAAAGUUUUGCCAAAACUCAAAUAACCUGGAUCAGAACUAUGUUAAACUGCAUAGUCCCUAUCAAAUAAAACAGAGCUGCCUCAAUGUCUGGCUUAAAAAGUGGUUUUGGUGCCACAGCUGCAUGUGUAAGCGCCAAAAAACAGCUGUGAGGAGAUGCAGGCCGCUGGCAGGUUGUGCAGCAUCCAUCAAGUGCAAAAUAAAAAGUUUGAGUGUUUUUUUUAAGCUGUGAUUCGUUCGAGCAGCAAAAUCUAAUUUAUGGAGUUAAAGGGUCACGUGAAAAAACUUUAAGAACUUUUAAGGAAGCAUCAAAGUGUGAUUCGGAGGAGAAUGGUGUUUAAAAAUACAGAAUUUAGUGGCACAUUUCGGGGUUCAUUUCUGUUUGAAUGGUUACUGACUGAAGCUCGAGGUUAUUUUUGUUUUUUCAUUGAUAUAUGCAUGUAGACAUAAUACACCUCAAACCAGAUGCUGAUGCACGUGUGCAUGUACUCAAUGUAGUCAAAGUACUUCCAUUUUUCGGUUUUGAAGCUGUUUUGGGGAAUGCAGCUGCAGUUUCUCAGUGUCUGAGCUAAUUUGACUUUUAUAUUGAAUGACCUCUUGAUUCUUUUGUGAAAUAAAUAUUUGUACAUAUGUUAUAUUCAUUUGUAGCGUGAGGGAGCGACAACUUACAUUUCACUGUGUGAUUUUGUGAUAUAAAUGUGAAAAAACCUUUUAAACCCUGUAACAGUGACUGUCAGAGUACCUUUAGUAUUUAACCCUUUGAAACUUGAGCAAAUUGGCCACAUGGAAAAAGAAAUGAGUAACUGACUCAGAAAUGGAGCUCAAAUUACCAGAAAAUCACCUGAAAAUAGCACAAAAUGGAAGAAUAACAAAAACAGGAAAUGACC